CUCUUUCCAUUCUCCUUCUUCUUGUAUGGAGAAACAGGACGUCUGGAAAUAAAGGAGGGAGAGGAGUGGGGGUGAAAAAUACGUCUCAACGUUAAGAGAGGACAACCCCCCCUUCCCCCUAAAAGAAAGACAGAAAGAGAAAUAACAGAGACAUUGUGCUCAUAACGAGCAAGUGCAGGACCAUCCCCAAGUCAGAACAGUCUUUAUAGCUGUGUCUCUACAAAGCAACCAUGGGGGACCUCGCCAACAGCACGGUAGAAUUUUACCCCAAGAGCCAGAGGGGCACUGGGGCCAGCAGUGGCUCAGAGGUCAACCAUUCGGGGGAUUUCGGGGUCACCCUGGAGGAGCUGCGGAACCUGAUGGAGCUCAGGGGGGGCGAGGCCCUGCAGAAGAUCCAGGAGAGCUACGAUGACACGGAUGGUCUCUGCCAACGGCUGAAGUCAUCAACCAGCGACGGUCUGUCGGGCAACCCGGCCGACUUAGAGAAGCGGAAACAGACUUUCGGCAUGAACUUCAUCCCCCCGAAGAAGCCAAAGACCUUCCUGCAGUUGGUAUGGGAGGCGCUGCAGGAUGUAACGCUCAUCAUACUCGAGAUCGCCGCCAUCAUCUCCCUCGGCCUGUCCUUCUACCAGCCGCCUGGGGAGGAGAGCGAAGCUUGCGGGAAUGUCUCUGGGGGCGCAGAAGAUGAGGGAGAGGCGGAAGCGGGCUGGAUCGAGGGAGCGGCCAUCCUGCUGUCCGUCAUCUGUGUGGUGCUGGUCACGGCCUUCAACGACUGGAGCAAAGAGAAACAGUUCCGGGGCCUGCAGAGCCGUAUUGAGCAGGAGCAGCGUUUCGCUGUGGUCCGCGGCGGCAAUGUCAUCCAGAUCCCAGUGGCCGAGAUGGUGGUGGGAGACAUGGCGCAGGUCAAAUAUGGUGACCUGCUGCCGGCUGAUGGGAUUCUUAUUCAGGGCAAUGAUCUAAAGAUUGACGAGAGCUCCCUCACCGGGGAGUCGGACCAUGUCAGCAAGUCUGCCGACAAGGACCCCAUGCUUUUAUCUGGCACCCACGUCAUGGAAGGGUCAGGGAGGAUGCUCGUCACUGCAGUGGGGAUCAACUCCCAGACUGGUAUCAUCUUCACGCUUCUGGGGGCCGGAGAGAUGGAGGAGGAGAAAAAGGAAAAAAAAGGAAAACAGCAGGACGGAGCAGUGGAGAACAGUCAGAAUAAAGCCAAGAAGCAGGACGGAGCGGUUGCCAUGGAGAUGCAGCCGCUAAAGAGCGCAGAGGGGGGAGAAGUGGAGGAGCGAGAAAAGAAGAAAGCCAACGUUCCAAAGAAGGAGAAAUCAGUGCUCCAAGGCAAACUGACCAAACUGGCGGUACAGAUCGGGAAGGCAGGCCUGGUCAUGUCCGCCAUCACGGUGAUCAUCCUGGUGCUCUACUUCGUGAUCGAGACGUUUGUGAUCCAGGGCAGGGUGUGGCUUGCCGAGUGCACGCCGGUCUACGUGCAGUACUUUGUCAAGUUCUUCAUUAUCGGCGUCACGGUGCUGGUGGUUGCUGUACCGGAAGGCCUGCCUCUGGCGGUCACCAUCUCACUGGCCUACUCUGUGAAGAAAAUGAUGAAGGACAACAAUCUGGUGCGUCACCUGGACGCAUGUGAGACGAUGGGCAAUGCCACGGCCAUCUGUUCAGAUAAGACUGGCACUCUGACCACCAACCGCAUGACCGCGGUGCAGGCCUACAUUGGUGAUCAGCACUUCCGCGAGAUUCCCGACCCCGAUCAGAUCAACUCUAAGACCCUGGAGAUGCUGGUCAAUGCGAUUUCCAUCAACAGCGCCUAUACCUCAAAGAUCAUGCCUCCAGACACGGAGGGUGCCCUGCCCAAACAAGUGGGAAAUAAGACAGAGUGUGGUCUCUUGGGCCUGGUGCUGGACCUAAAGAGGGAUUACGUCCCUGUGCGAGAGCAGAUCCCCGAGGAGAAGCUGUACAAAGUCUAUACCUUCAACUCCGUGCGAAAGUCCAUGAGUACCGUGAUCCAGCUGCCCGAUGGUUCCUUCCGCCUCUACAGCAAGGGUGCCUCCGAGAUCCUCCUCAAGAAGUGCUCCACCAUCCAAGGGGGCGGGGGAGAGCCACGGAGCUUCCGUCCACGGGAUCGAGACGAAAUGGUGAAGAAGGUGAUCGAGCCCAUGGCCUGCGAGGGCCUGAGGACCAUCUGCAUUGCGUAUCGGGACCUGCCUGGCAAUCCAGAACCCGAAUGGGAAAACGAGGCAGAUAUCGUCACUGAACUCACCUGCAUUGCCGUGGUGGGCAUCGAGGAUCCGGUCCGACCUGAGGUCCCCGAAGCCAUCCGGAAGUGUCAGCGGGCAGGCAUUACGGUGCGCAUGGUCACGGGUGACAAUAUCAACACGGCACGUGCCAUCGCGGCUAAGUGCGGCAUCAUCCAACCCGGUGAUGACUUCUUGUGCCUGGAGGGCAAGGACUUCAACCGACGAAUCAGAAAUGAAAAGGGAGAGAUUGAGCAGGAGCGAAUUGAUAAGAUCUGGCCUAAGCUGAGGGUCCUGGCUCGUUCCUCCCCUACAGACAAGCACACACUGGUGAAAGGCAUCAUCGACAGCACUGUGGCCGAGCAGCGUCAGGUGGUGGCCGUGACUGGGGAUGGAACCAAUGACGGGCCUGCACUCAAGAAAGCCGACGUUGGCUUCGCCAUGGGUAUUGCUGGUACGGACGUGGCCAAGGAGGCCUCGGACAUCAUCCUGACCGACGACAAUUUCUCUAGUAUCGUGAAGGCGGUGAUGUGGGGCCGUAACGUCUAUGACAGCAUCUCCAAGUUCCUGCAGUUCCAGCUGACUGUCAACGUGGUGGCCGUCAUCGUGGCCUUCACUGGGGCUUGCAUUACACAGGACUCCCCUCUAAAGGCCGUCCAGAUGCUGUGGGUGAACCUGAUCAUGGAUACGUUUGCCUCCCUGGCCUUGGCCACCGAGCCACCCACUGAGGCCUUGCUGCUCCGUAAGCCGUACGGCCGCAACAAGCCUCUCAUCUCCCUCACCAUGAUGAAGAACAUCCUGGGCCACGGUGUCUACCAGCUCACCAUCAUCUUCACGCUGCUUUUUGUCGGAGAGAAGAUCUUCAACAUCGACUGCGGCCGCAACGCGCCACUGCACUCGCCACCGUCUGAGCACUACACCAUCAUCUUCAACACCUUUGUUCUCAUGCAGCUCUUCAAUGAGAUCAAUGCCCGCAAGAUCCAUGGCGAGAGGAACGUCUUUGACGGCAUCUUUGGCAACCCCAUAUUCUGCAGUAUUGUGCUAGGGACAUUCGGGGUACAGAUUGUGAUCGUGCAGUUUGGGGGGAAGCCAUUUAGCUGUGCCCCUCUCAACGUGGAGCAGUGGCUGUGGUGUCUCUUCGUGGGAGUGGGGGAGCUGCUGUGGGGCCAGGUGAUCGCCACAGUGCCCACCAGCCACCUAAAGUGCUUGAAGGAGGCUGGCCAUGGCCCCGGCACCGACGAGAUCACGGAUGAGGACCUGGCUGAGGAUGAGGAGGAGAUCGACCAUGCGGAGAGGGAGCUGCGCCGGGGGCAGAUACUGUGGUUUAGAGGUCUCAACCGUAUCCAGACCCAGAUGGAGGUAGUGAGUACCUUCAAGAGAAGUGGUUCGUUUCAGGGCGCAGUGCGUCGGCGCUCAUCAAUUCUCAGCCAGCUCCAUGACGUUACCAAUAUUUCUACCCCCACUCACAUGCGAGUGGUGAAGGCCUUUCGUAGCUCGCUGUAUGAUGGCAUCGAAAAACCCGAAUCCAGAAACUCCAUCCACAACUUCAUGGCACAUCCUGAGUUCCUCAUCAACGACUUCAUCCACAACAUCCCCCUGAUCGACGACACAGACAUAGACGAGGAAUCUGAGCUCUCCAGGCACAACCACCUGCACCCGGCCCUGCGUGCUCCACCACCGCCCCCCCAGCCUCAGCCCCAGAAGCGUACGCGCCCCCCACCGCGCCCCUACCGGCAGUACAGCCUGCCGGUGACUCCCAACCGCAACAACAAUGCCAUCGACGGCAGCCUCCUGCUGAGCAUGGUAAAUGCCGUGCAGCUCUCAGCCCCCCGCGGCGACGGCGGCCUGCUGAUCGGCGUGGAGAGCUCUGUAUAACUGCUGCCGGGGCCGCGGCUCGCAACUCGGGAGCCAAAAGACUCUGGCAGACUGUGGCGUGACAGCGUGGGAACAAGACGGCGGAAUCGGAAAACGACCUUACCCAACAAGACUCUGUGGAUAGUUUCUUCUGAAGCAAUUUUCCCCUCCCCACAAAAAAUGUCCCCCCCCCCCCCCCAUUUCUGCUCCGCUCCAUAGUGUUUGGUUAUCAGCCAAGAGGCGGAGCCAUCACCCCCCCCCGCCACCCUGCCAAACACCCCACCUGAAAUCCCACCCCGUCUAGCCUCAACUGAGACUUUUUCGCACAACUUAGAAAGUGCAACACGGUGGGAGGAUUUAGACUGAAGCCGACUGCCGUUGGUCUAGACCUCCUGGUUUCGUAAGAGUAGGAGAGACUCAUGGGGGAUGAACAAGGUCAUUCAUUCCACUUUUUAUUGAUGUUGUUAUUAGUAUUAUUACUACUACUUUAUUAUUACUACGAUCACCAUUAUUAUCAUUAUUAUUAUCAUUGUUAAUACUACUACAAUUACUACUAAUACUAUAUGGCAGUUACUAAUGCAUUAUGGGUUAGCUUUAAGUAUAAUAUUUAUUUGUGUAUUUAUUUAUUUAUUUAUUUAUUUAUUGGUCUCUCGACCUGCUUAUCUCCUUUUGUUUUACUUUCGUUUUCAUUUACUCUGUGUCUGUUUCUCUGUGUGUGUGUGCGUGUCGUCGUGUCUGUUCUUAAAAACAAAAAGAGGGGAAAAAAAAACAGUACUAACAAGCAAGGACACAAAAACGUUUAACCCUAAUAGUGAUUUUGAACAAAUAGUUGUGUUUGAUAAACACAAAACUACAUAAAAAGGAGAAGAAGAAAAAAAAUCACAUCAUUGACUUCACCUUCCUGUUUCCUGCUUUUUUUGGGGGGGUUCUGUAGGCGAUCUGCUUCUUUCUUUACGUCUCCUUAAAUAACAAAGGCCUGCAGACAGGUCUGAGAGAAAGGCACCUGAGGAGUAGUGUAUUUUGGAAUGGGCUAAGUCAGCUGCAACAAACCGGAAGCCUAACCCAGGCUGCUCCAGGACCAGACCUCACUUUUACAGCAGAAACUCAAGACAAACUGGAAGAAUGACCGUCUGUCCCUUGCGUGUGUCAUUAAUUCCCAAUGAAACAGAGCAUGUCUUUGUUUCUUGGCAGAGAUUUGUAUUCAUCGUUCCAGCAAAAGAAACGAUGUAUCUGUUGAGCGACACCUUGACAGUAGAGCAUUUUUAGAAAUAUUAAUUUUAAAGAAUAACAUCUGAAGACAAUGUUAACUUCCACUGGCCCCUAUUUACUGUUUCACCCUUUCUUGUUGCUUUAAUGAUAGCCUUCCUUAUUGCUGUGUACAGUAAUAUACUGUAUUUUCACAGGUACUCGCCCCAUUUUUAUUGAUUUACUCUGGCUGCUGUAGGCCUAAAAAGCUAGAUGGGGUCAUUUUUAAUAAAUGCAUCGUCUGGUCACUUCUCAGCUAGAGAAACACAGCACAGCACAUGUCAGUUUUAUAUGACUAUCAUGUUUGUUGCAACUGACUUGUUAUCGAAAACAUCACUUUUGACUGCCACUGUAACUAAGGUUUAAGUUAAAGCUGAUAUUUGUCAGUUGAGUCGAAGAACGCAGAACAUCUAUCAUGAUGUUACGUUACACUAUUAGCUUGUACAGUACCAUCAAAAACUGCCAGAAUGUGGCCAUUCUGAUAGCUAGUAGUAACGAUUGCUCUGAAUUCUAUUUAUUUUGUUGAAAAUAGAUACAUUAGUUUUCAACCUUGCACAAUAUCAAAGACUUAUACUGUAGAAAUGAGAUGGCUAAGUUGCAAAGGAAAUGUGCUAAUAUGUGUUCUGCUACCAAAGGCUGUGUGAGCUACGCGUCAAUCCGAGCUCAGCAGUCUGAAGUGUCUGAAUACAAAAUGCACUGCAGCGUUGAAAUGCGAUUAUUAUUUGUCACAUCCAAGGACUGUGCUAUGAGAUAACGGAGAAAAAGACAACUGUAUAAGAGUUGGACUUGCAGUAGCCAUAGGAGUCCAGUCCCUACUUGUUUAUAUAUUUUUGAAAUCAGUGGUGCGAUGUGGAAGGACAUCCUAGUAAUGUGGACCGGUACUUAUGCAACAAUCUGCCACGUUAAAGACUUUGUUACAGAGGUUUGCUAUACGGUCCGUUCAUAGGGCUCUCCUGAAAUACCUUUAUCUGUGUACAAUACUCUGUCUUGAAAGCUUGGUUUUAUAGACACUGAAGUUAGGGUCUGAUGGAAGUUGGGGCAUGGAUGUAUGAUGGCAGCAGACGAGCAUGUGUCGAAACCUCACAGGAGAAUGAUUUGACACAGCCCUGUCCGGAGAUUACCCUGUUUCACUCCGAUUUGCUGCUGGAGCAGAAGAGCAGAAAACAAACACUGAGCCUUUUGCUCAGCAAAUGUGCAAAUGGCAAGAGAUCCAACGGCCUCGCGAAGUCCGUCUCGUCUGACAGCUGGGCCUCGUACUUCUGCUAACGAUGGCUAAGCCGUUUCUGUCGCAAAACUCCGAGUGUCUAUGUAGAAAACAUUUUGUGUGUUUUAAAGCAGAAACUUUAAACCUUGUAAGGAUGUACAGAAAGCAGACAGUAGAGUCAGAAUAGAUAGUAGGUUGCUUACAGGCCUUUCACAACACAGUUAGCACAUUUCAAGUCAAGGUCGCCACGUCAACCAGGAAAGCAAUCAGCAUAUCGUCAUGACGAUCACUGAAGAGAAAGCCUGAAUUUCUCUCAUCCACGUCCACCAUGCAUUUUAAUACAUGGAAUAGAGGAAUACAGGUAGUAAUAUUUAAAACUAUACAAUGAACAAUACAAAAAAGUAAGAUUCCACUCUCUUGUAAAACGCUCACAAGAGAAUUGCAGAAAAACUACAAAAAGAUGGAAAACCUUUUGUGUGUAGAAUAAAAGUCCUAUUAACAAAAUACCACUGCUGUAUAUUUUGCCAAAAUGUACGUGUGCAUCUUUUGUUUACUUCUUAUGUAAUAUUCCAGUGUUUUUUCCUGUUUUCUCUUCCUCCGCUCUACCAAUUUUUUGUAAAGAAAAGAAAUGACUUACAUGUAAUCACUUUUACAUUAUUAUCAUCAUUAUUACCAUUAUUAUUACUUUUUUGCCAACCAAUUCUUUAUGCUGAUGGAAAACAACUGAGCAACUCUCCUGAGCAUAUUCUAUUGUACUGAAUCUGCGCUAAGAUGGAAAAGACAAAAAAGGAAAAAAAAAAACUUAAGACUAUUAAAUAUAAUAAAUUUACCUGCCUGUUAUUUAAGAAAAAAAA